AUUUUCAUCGCAAACAAAACGAUUAGGAGUGACGUUGCUGUUAAUAUGCUUUUUUCUCGAUUCUUUCUAAGUCUCGGUGCCACAUGAUACUCAACUGUUAUACAUUUCGUUCAACAGAAGUAGAGUAUCGUUGUAAACGCAGUGAUACGUGUAAAAAAGUAAAUUCUAGCGACCGUGGAUGACACGAAAAUGUUCCCACGUUCCCGCUUCGCAAGCUUGUGUCAUGCGUGCGUGUAAAAUUCCUAAUCAAGGAAAUGAACGCCCAGGGGCAGGAACAUGGUCAUGCUGUAGUCGUUUGGGAAUGGGAAAAUCGUCACGGACGAUGGAGGCCCUAUAGUCCCGCAGUAUCGCAACACCUCGAGAGGGCAUAUUGCAAGAAACUUACACGGGUCUUUCUUAACGAUGCCGACCCAAAUUUGGAUAGGUAUUACAUAAAUUUGAAAACUAAAAUGCAAUGUAGCGAGGAUGGAGAUGAAACGCAUAAUGUCAGAAGAAAGUUUUACCUUCCAAGUUCGCCAGCCGGGAAAGGAGCCAAAUGGGAAUGGGCCGGCGAUACGGACGAUUGGCAUACGUACGAUAUGGAAGUACAGUGUUUUAUAGAAGAAGCAUGGGCAAGAGGUGAUAAAACUAUCGACGUUUCUAAGACGUAUUUAGGUUUUCCUUAUAUCAUUAAUUUUUGCAAUUUAACUCAAGUACGUUGCUGUACCGGGUAUGUGAGACCAAUACGACGUAUUCAGCAAGCACCGUAUCCUUUAGUUAAAGUUGCUUUGGAAGAGUUACAGAUUAUUUCUGGAAAGAAAUCUACAUGCGUGACCAUUAAAAGUUCUACUGCAAAAGCAUCGCAUAAAAAGUCGUCCACGGGAAAUAUGAAAAAAAAUAAUAAAAAGGGGAAAAAUGGGGAUAAUGGUCCAACAAACAUCGCGCGUGUUAUAUUCAGCAACUUCAACAUAUUUAGUAAUAAACAUGGUAUAGAAAACAGUAGUUCGGUCACGACUAUCGAAUCUGGUCAAAAAAGAAAAACAUGGGACAAUGUUCUUGACGUAGAUUCUAGUAGUACAAAAAGUGGUCGAAGACCCAGCGUCGAUACUGUUUCUACGUAUUUGAGUCACGAAAACUCGGUGGAUUUAUUAGAUAGCAGUGUGGGUAGCGACGAUGCAUUUAAAGACUCCAUUUUGGGCGCGGAAGCUGAAGCAGAUGUUAUUUCUCAGUAUGUGAAAGUAGUAGAAAGCGACGACUCUGAUUCUUGUCCCGUGUGCCUUGGUAUGCCUGAGCCAUUGACAGUAGAAUUAACUCGCUGUAGACACAGGCUACAUCUAGCAUGUUUGAAUUCAAUGCUGAGUUGUCAACAACCUCCCAUGUACAUACAGUGCCCUGUUUGUCGUUUAAUUUAUGGAGAGAAAAGAGGGAAUCAACCACCAGGAACUAUGAAUUGGACAAGGAUACCACGCGCUUUACCUGGUUUCCCAAAUACAAAUACAAUUCAAAUAACUUACGAUAUUCCAUCCGGAAUUCAAGGAAACGAACAUCCAAAUCCUGGGCAAACCUAUUAUGCUGUAGGUUUUCCACGCGUAUGUUACCUUCCAGAUAAUAGUCUGGGUCGAAGAGUUUUAAGACUAUUACAAAUUGCUUUCGAACGUAAAUUGAUAUUUACAAUUGGACGGUCGGUCACUACCGGAAGAGAAGAUGUAGUCACGUGGAAUGAAAUCCAUCACAAAACUGAAUUGGGACCAUCGACGUCCGGCCACGGCUAUCCCGACACAAGUUAUCUUGAUAGAACUUUAGCCGAAUUAGCAGCGCAAGGCGUGACUGAUGGCCAACCACUGUCCACUCUAAAUCAAGAGUUACAUUGAAAUAAUGUUUGUUUAUGGUUUUAUAAACACACAAGUAUCGAUGUUAAUGUACUACAUGCAGCUUUAAUCUUUUUCAGGGUGCGAAUGAUAAGAAACAGUAUCGCUUAAUUGUGUCUAAAAUAACAAUCUAUUGCUAUGAAAAUUAUAGUCUUUGAAAGCUGUACUUUAUGAAUAGUAUCCCUUUAUCCUAAGUGCAAUUAUUCGAGGAGAUUACAAGAUCAAUUUUAUUUUGCGAAAUGUUUUAAACGAUCGAAGUAUGGUAAGCAACGUAACAACAGUAUUUGAUUUUCUACAAUUUAUAUACAGGGUGUUCGGCCACCCUUGGGAAAAAUUUUAAUGGUAGAUUCUAGAAACCAAAAUAAG